UGUGUUUACUUUUCAGUGAAGGUUAGCGAUCGCCGUCGCGCCGUCUAGGCAAAGGGCGGGCGGUAUACAGCCACCGUGUUCCCAGCCAGUAUUCGUGCAGCCGCCGAGCCAUUCGCGCCCCGACUGCCGGCAGUGAUGGGCGUGACGCGGGACCCCUCUCCGACCGAGCAUCUGCUCGAGCGCGCUCGCCGCCCGCACCUGUUGAUAGUGGACGACUCGCGGGAAACGCGCGCCAGCGAAGCUGUGUGGCAGCCCCCCGGCGAGUCGGGCGGCGUGCGCGGCAGCUCCGUGGACUACGUGGCCGCGCUGCUGCUGGCCGCGAUGGCCGCCGUGCUGCUGGCUGCCGUCGGCUACCAGUGCGCUGCCACGUGGAGGUGGAUUAUGGGCAGGACUCGCCGCGACAGUGAAGAGAGCAACUGCGACUCGCUGUCUCGCCAGGCCGCCAUCCGCAUCAGCCACUCGCUGCCCGACCUGCAGUCAGAGCCGCUGAAGCCCGAGUAUGUGCAGGAGCACAAGGACCCGGCUAAGAAGGUGCUCCGGCAGACGACGCUGCCGAUCGUGCCGACGCGCCACCAGACCUUCCAGCGACAGCUGUCCCACCGCCUCGACCUGCCCUCCAUCCAGUUCAGCAUCUGCAGCCUGGAGCGAGCCGACUCUUCUAUUGGACUUAUUAAGCCGGAGCUGUACAAGAACGAGCUGGUCCGCCAGUCGUCCACCGAUAGCGCGGAGCUGGAGUUCAACGGGAAGCUGCACUUCGCACUCAAGUACGACCAGGAGGUCGAGGCACUCGUGGUUAAGAUCUUCGAAGCGCGCGACCUGCCCAUCAAGGACGUGACCGGCAGCAGUGACCCCUACAUCAAGGUGUUCCUGCUCCCCGACCGACAGAAGAAGUUCCAGACCAAGGUGCACAGGAAGAACCUCAACCCAGUGUUCAAUGAGACCUUUUUGUUCAGCGUCCCCUACGAAGACAUCCGCGAGCGUUACCUCCAGUUCUCUGUCUACGACUUCGAUCGCUUCAGCCGGCACGACCUGAUAGGGCACGUGGUGCUGCGCGGGCUGCUGGAGUCAGCUGACCUGCACCAGGAGAUCGAGUAUACCAUGAACAUACUCGCGCCGCCGCAGGAAAAGAAAGACCUCGGUGAGCUGAUGCUAUCCCUCUGCUACCUACCGACGGCCGGCCGCCUCACCGCCACCGUCAUCAAGGGAAGGAACCUCAAAGCCAUGGACAUCAAUGGGUCUUCAGAUCCCUACGUGAAGAUCUGCCUCAUCUGCCAAGGCAAGAGGAUCAAGAAGAAGAAGACGACGGUCAAGAAGAACACCCUUAACCCGGUGUACAACGAGGCCCUGGUGUUCGACUUGCCUCAGGAGAACGUGCAUGACGUCACGCUGCUGGUCAAGGUCAUCGAUUAUGACAGGAUUGGUCCGAACGAGCUGAUUGGCUGCACGGCAAUAGGCUCCACCCUCAUCGGCGUCGGCCGCGAUCAUUGGCUGGAAAUGCUGGACAACCCGAGGAAACCAGUCGCGCAGUGGUACCCGCUAAAUAAGAGCCCGCCAACCAACGUGACCUUGCCAGCUAGCGACCAGCAGAACGCCGGCUUUAGCUGCUUGAAUGGCAGAUGAAGAGAUGGAAGAUAUCGAUAUCGAUAGAGUUUUAAUGGCAGUGACUGUAUGUCACAGUAAGAAAUGUUCCCACCCGAUCGGAAUUCUCGGGAUGCCAAAAUUAGAGUAGUCAUAAUGAAACAUAACGGUUGUAUGUCCAUUUUACUGUAGACGAUAUUAUAAGGAAGUUAUGAAUGUUAAGUGAUACGAAGGUGGGAGAGGAGAGUAGAGUACUAAAAUAUACAGUAGGCAUUAGAUGUUUCAACUUAGAAUUGUUGAAGUAGAAAAAGAAGAAUUUAUCCUUCAGUGUUAAAAGUAAACUUAGAAUGUAGAGCAUAAAAUUGUGUAUACUUCAUUUGGCAUAAAGAUAAAUUGUAUGA